AUGUCUAGCCGUGUGUAUAAUAUACUUGGGGUAUUUUCUGCUAAUCUUGUGUUUUAUCUUUCCUUUCUCAGUCAUAUAGAAAAAAUUACAACAUGGCAAGAUCCUCGAAAAACUAUGAACCAGCCACUGAAUCACAUGAGCCACCAUCCUGCAGCUACUUCCACACCAAUGCCACAGAGGUCUAUGGCAAUGUCUCAGCCAAAUCUCGUUAUUCCAGGUCCUGUCCAAGUGACCAGCUGUGUGUUAAGUCCUUGGAUGCCUCAGCAGUCUUUGCCCAGAGACAAUCAGCGGGCUGUAAUUGCUGUGCCCGAAGCUUUCACACGACAAGAACAAUACACCAAAUAGCGGCCGGCACAGCCAUUCCAGAGGGAGAGGGAGCGCAUCAGGAUGCGGCAGGAGGAGCUGCUGCGGCAGGAAGCUGCACUAUGCAGACAGCUGCCCAUGGACUCAGAAAACAUGGCCCCAGUUCAGACUGCUGUGAACACCCCUGCAAUGACACAAGACAUGAGACCCAUUACAAAUAAUGGAUCAGAUCCUUUCCUGAACAGUGGGCCAUACCACUCCAGGGAACAGAGCACAGACAGCGGCUUAGGACUGGGGUGUUACAGUAUACCAACAACACCUGAAGAUUUCCUCAGCAACGUAGAUGAGAUGGAUACAGGAGAAACCGUAGCACAGACGACAAUGAACAUAAAUCCACAACAAACACGUUUCCCUGAUUUUCUCGACUGUCUUCCAGGAACAAAUGUUGAUCUUGGGACUUUGGAGUCAGAAGACUUGAUCCCUAUCCUCAACGAUGUGGAGUCAGUACUCAACAAAAACGAGCCCUUCCUUACUUGGCUGUAAUCAUCCAUUAUUUAAUGCUGAUUCAGCCCGUAAUGCAAUUCAACAUUUCCUUUUCCUCUUGAAAUAGAGGCAGAGCAUCUGAAAAUCCUCAGAGAUACAACUUGCUGCCUUAAUGACUUUUGUUAUAUCGUCCUUAUGGUCAAUUUAAUCUCUGCCUGGAUUUGAUUGACAGUAACUUAAAUAUAAUGUCUAUUCCUCACUUUAGAAAACCCUCUACUUUAUACGUCUGUAGACUUUUUUUCCCCCCCCUUUACAGAUCAGGCAGAAAUGUUUCACUUUCAGGACAGAAAGUGGGUUGCGUGUGCAUAUCCCUAUCUGUCCUAAUGGGUGUUGGUUAACAUCACAAACUCUUACUGAAUCACAAAACGUAACUGCUAGGUCACUUGGUUCAAAAAACCUGCCCAACCUUGGACCAUGAGAGCAGUUUUAUUACUAUAUUUAUGACAACAGUAUCAAAAGCUUUUAUAUCGAUUUCCUUAAGCUUUAAAAAUCUUUUCAUUAAUAGUAAAGCUGUGCUGUAUGGAAUGUAGAUUAAAUCUGAUCCAUAUCAGCUAUAAUAAUUCUCAUUAUACAUUUGUAAAGGCACAAGCAGUACUAUUGCAAUUUCUUUUUUUCAGUACAUUACUGUAUAGUUUCCAGAUAAUAAAUGCUUCCAAUUUGAUAGUAGCAGAAUUGUUUAAUAACAGUUUUACACUACUAUAUUGUUGUAAAAUAAACCAGGUUGGUACUAACUACUGCCUUAAAAAAAGUGAUUAUAACAAGCAAUUUUUAAAUGGAUCUUAGAUUUUGAUGUUUAUUAUAUUAAGCACUACAGUUUUGUAAUUUAACAUAUGAACAAACAAUUUUUUUAUAUGAAUCUGUGGCAAAUAUCUUAAAUGCAAAAAUAUACUUUUAAAAUCAGGACAGAAGAAUGUGGCACAACUUGGUAAUAUCAUAUGCAGUGGGAAAAAUCGUUGCUCAGUGUUUUCAGGAGUAAUGUUUUUAACUGACAGUGUUAAACUGUGCAUGUAACUGUAUACAUGAGAGAAGAUGGUCACUUUAUCAGAGCAAUGCUAAGCAGUGUUGUUACUUGUCUGGUAAAGUUGCUUAGUUCGUAACUCUUCUGCUUACUCGCACUGGAGUACAGGACACGAGGCACGUUCUUGGUAUUCCUACCUAUUGUAUACCCUAUAAAGGCUUCUUUAGCAGAUGUUUGGGACUGAGAAGGCAUCAAGGACAUUACACAUGCCGUUCCCCUGAAAUGCAAAUGAAGUCCUGAAAUUCUUAAAUAUUUUGAACUUAUAUUAUUUAUAAUCUAUGAAUUUAAGCUUUUUAUAUUGAAAAAUGUGCCUUUUUAUGAAAGGCAUUGAAACACUUCUCUGAGCUUGAUCCAGACUAUGUGGAGAGAGCAAGAGAUGUAGCACUCAGUGUAAAUGUGUGUUUGUCAGGUCUAAUAAAAUUAACGAGAUCUUACCAAUGCACCAGAAUAUUGAUCAAUAAAGAUUUUUUUCCAUCUGGUUGGAGGAAGGUAGGUGAAAAGGUCAGAGAUGAAGUGAGGGGAAUAUGCAGUAGAUUUGGGAGAUGAAUGAUGAUGUUACAGCUGGGUGGCUGCAGAUAGGGACACACAGAGAUGAAUCACCAGUGAUCAGUACAAAAUAUGACCGAAGAACUUAAUACAAAAAACUACCUGCUGGGUUCACCAGAGGACGAAAGCUAAAAUAUACACACCGAACUUUUUAAAAAGAGAGGAAAGGCAAAGACCUAGAGCAAUGAAGGUGUACUACGCAGAGAAGAGUAGCUCUUUUUAUGUUUCUUUUUUUAACUACAAAAUGAGAUGUGACAGCAGAGUUGUGUCUGCAGAGAAUUUAAUUACUGAACGGGCAUUGUUUUUCUUUUAUUCUUUUUUGGGGAGGGUUUUUUUUUUAAUUACUUUAUUUUUGCUAGAGCUGACCAUUGAGCUAGCAGAACAUUCUUUUAAAAAAACAAGGGACCGAGCAGGCCUGACCAAUGUUACUGUAAUUACAAUUAAUCUCUUUCUCUCUUAAAGAUUGCUUCAGGUUGUCAGCUUAAAUGAAAACCAGACGGUCCUAGGGCUUUGUUCUUUAGUUACAUAACUGACUGACUGUGUUUGGGUUGAAGAAUUGGAGAUUUUUGGCAUCUGAUUGUGAAGCUAAAACUUGUAAGGCCAACGUUUCAGCGCUGCGUUCUUGGCCUAGGAAGGUGAAAGCCGUUGGUGCUAGAACGAUUUGCAGCAGCUACAGAUCUGAGCCCUGGUAUGUUCAGCUGAUAGUGCGCAUCAUUAGAUUAAGUUCAGAAAAUGCAGUUUGUGCAUUUGCUAGUAAAUCAGUACUUUUGCGAAUUUAAGUUUUGUCAUAAUAAAACAUAUCGCAAGCAGAUCAGGUUCUCAGCUGGUGUGCAUUAGCUAACAUCUCUUGACUCCUGUUUGGCUGCCCUGAUUUUCAGCAGCUGGAGGCCGGACUCCGUGCUUGUAGCACUUACAAUGAAAACGGAUGCAGUUUUCUAACAAAAUCGCACAUGAUAAGGUGCUUAUCAGAAUCGUUAUGAAGCUAGAGGUCUGAUUCCCCUUUCAUUGGUGUUUCAGGAGUUAGGUGUCCAGGUUCAAAGGCCUUACAGAGGUCAGUUUGAAACUUUUCAUGUUACUUUGAUAAUAAAACAGCAACAGAGUUGAACAGGAAGGUGCUAUGUGAAACACUACUUCCAGGAUAAAGCAGCUGCCAAAAUCUUAGGUCAGACCUUUAUUCAAUCCUGAACCAAAUCACGGUUCAGUUAAAAGUGAUUCUUUCCACAGUAAGCUUUUCCUUCUGGAAAGGAGAGAAUGCAUCAGAUGAAGUCAAGCAACAACAACGUCUAGUUUGAAAGUUCUCUUUUUUUUCCAAGUUUCUGGUUUUAAACAGCCUUCUGGCAGAACUCCAAGUAUUCAAAACAUACAUAAUUCUUUUGAAACUAAAUUUAUUGCUGACACUAUUUCACUGUAUUAUUUCAGGUUGUGAAAUUACAUUUACUUUACUAAAUUUACACUGUAUACUUGUAGUAUAAAUACAAUAAAUACGCCAGCUGGACAGUUGUACUGUUGACUAUCGCUGAGGAUGGCAUACGUAAAUGCUAGCGAUACAAAAGUAAUGGGAUAUUGUUAAUUACAGCUUGUAUUCUGGCAACACUAUUAGAAUGUAACUUGGGGAAGGACUGGGUUUGACUUUUGAAAACAAAUGCUAGCUGAGGGAAGGGGAGGAUUAAAAUGUCCACUUUAAAAACAGGAAAAUAUGGGUGUUGAAACUUUUUUCCUAAUAUACUACAUCCAUGUAUGUGCUAGUACUUUAACUUUUUUAUUUACUUUUUUCAUUUUGUUAUAUGACAUGUGUGAGCAUUGGUUUUUAAUUUAGAAUACUUUGCAUACAGAUUGUAUGCAUCAAAAGCAGUCAGAUCAAACUGUUGUAUCCAGGGUUUGAUUCUGUUUUUUAUUUCUUUGAUCUUGUACGUGAAAAAUAAAUAUAAAUGAA